AUGUCGAACUUGUGGGCCAAGCCUACCUUAACAGCUGAAGAGCGGGCUCGACGAUACAACCAAGAGGCAUUGUUGGCAUACUCGGACGGUUCCAUAAAUGGUGAUGAAGCCAAUGACAGCACAUCAAGAAGCAGGGUCCCACGUUAUUCGUUUCCACAACCUAAGCGACGCAAAACAUCCACAACGGUGACAGCGGAGCAAACCUCGUCUUUAGAAUCCCCGAACAUGUCAACAUCAUCCAGCCCUGCACCAGUCCGGAUCAAACGCGAGGCCGAAGCACAAGCUCUAGAGAAGUUACAGCAAAAGCCACCUGAGCAGAGGGUGAAGGUCUACGUAGGAAAGAAUAACACCGAAAUGGAAGUGAGCCUCGAAGACCUCGAAAAAGCCCCCGUGUUGAAGUGCCUGAUCAGCAAACUCGGCACGCCCAGUCCAUACAUUAUGCAUCCAGGACUGAUGGCUGUUGAUGCAGACCAGUUUCGUGCGGUCCGCGAGUUUCUUCUGACGGAUGAAUACAUGCCCGCACUGGUGAAUCAUCCACACGGGGAGAAUGUCCUUCCCAAGCAACUCGACAAUUGCGCCACCGUCGACCACUACAGAAACGAGGCACUUAGGAGUGGAAAGUUGUAUGUCAUCGCCGAAAAACUGGGGAUGAAAAGCUUGCAAGACCUGGUUUUUCGGAAGAUCACUCAGGCGCAGUUCCAUCCGUACGGGCCCCAAUGUCUCCUUGACUUGGCUAUGAUCAUUUUUUCGCGACCCGAGGCGGGCGACUUGAACCCAACAGAAAAUCCGAACAAAUCAGAAGGAGAACUAGAAGGAAUUGGCGAGAAUGAACAAGGGGAUGUUCUCGAAGAAUGGCUCAUCAAGUCGAUAAGGGACCAGUUUCAGCGGACUAUGAUCCAUCAUUCUCGACAUUUCUUUCGUGUCUCAGAGCAUGGUGUAUGUAGGAAGAGAGCAUUUGGUCCCAGAGUCCUAAGAAGUAAAGUUGAGGAUUGGGAAGCACUCGAUCCAGAUGUGGUCGCGAUUGAAGACGAUGACUGA